AUGACUGCAGCAGUCGACGCUGGCGAUGAUUAUGGUGACGAGGAAGAAAAGGAGGAUGUGGUCGCCGCUACAUCGACGAUGCCAGUUGCGACGCCGGCGGCAGAAAGGAGCAAAGCUCCGACGAGAGGCUUCAGGUUGACGAGGGAAGGAAUGGCUAGCGAGAAGAAGAGUCACCGCCGGCAAGCUCUGGUGACAGUGCCAGCGGUUGACUCGUCAGAGAAAUUCGUUUCGGUGAAGAAAAAGAAGAAGUUUUCGGCAGGAAGUUCGGGGGAGAAGAAGAGAAGCUGUCUGGAAGAAGGCGAAGAAGAGGAUGAAGAAAAGAAAGCACCCUUCUCUUUUUCUACAGCUCGUGAGGAGGAAGGAGAAGAAGCCUGAUGUUGGGUUCUUUCUUUUUUUCUUUUUUUCUUUUCUGUAAGAAGAGGGAAUUCUGCCGUGGGGAAAGAGGAGGAGAGAUCCAAAUCCCAGAAAGCAGUCCCCCUUUUUUUUUCGGAAGUGGGGGCAUGGGGAAGAAGAAGAUGAAGAGCUUUCGUAGGGAAGAGGAAGAAGGAAGAAGUUUUUUUUUGUUGUUCUUGUUGUUGUUUUUCCCUCUUUUUUUGUUUGGAAUUUUGAGGAAGGAGUCGAUCAGCAGAAGGAAGGAAGUGACAGAGAAGAAAAAGUUCAGGGAAUGUUUUUUUGUUUUUUCCUCUUUUUCCAGAGCUAAAGAGCUCUUUUUAUAGCCAAAAAUCAUAUGUGUUGGCACAAUGUAAUUGGAUUUGAAAGGUUAUAGGGGCCGCCCUCUAUGUUUGUGUAGCUUAUGGAUUGGGUUGGACCGGUUUGGGUAUGUGAAGUGGACUAAACCGGUUGGGGUUGGUCUGACAUGGGCAUGAUUGGUGAAUUGAGUUUUUUUGGCUUUUGUGUGGACUGACCCGUUGAUUAGCAUUGACCAGAGUUGACUGGUCUUUGACUUGGGCAGGCUUGGAUCAUUUUAUUUUUGUAGUUG